AUGGCAGCGCCCCUGAGCAGACCUCGAUGUUUACAUGGUCUUGUAUCGCCGUCACCUUUCAGCGUCUUUCUACCGUCCAUCGCACCUAUAUCGCGCGCCUCACGCUCCUUUGCCACCGCAAUCAACGAGCCGUCUGCAACCGAAUCACUAACACACAAGCCUCGAGUGCGGCCAACAAAGUUCGUAGAUAAGCUCAACACCGGUCCAUCCUUCUCGGACUUUGUUGGCGGCAAUGAACCACCACUCGAGCCGCCGGAGGCCUACGCGCUGAAGACUGCUAUGGUGGGUCCGAAGGGGAAACAGAAAGAAAUCACACGCCUACCCUCUUGGCUCAAAACACCCAUACCGGACAGUUCGAACUACAAGAAGAUCAAAAAUGAUCUCCGGGGACUCAACUUACAUACUGUGUGUGAAGAAGCACGUUGUCCCAAUAUCUCAGAUUGUUGGGGGGGGAGCUCAAAAUCACAAGCUACUGCCACAAUCAUGCUCAUGGGAGACACCUGUACACGAGGAUGUCGAUUCUGUAGUGUGAAGACCUCGAAAGCCCCGCCUCCACUCGAUCCUCAUGAGCCGGAACACACUGCAGAAGCGCUGUCCAGGUGGGGUCUAGGCUACGUGGUGCUAACCUCAGUGGAUCGGGAUGAUCUUGCUGAUGGCGGUGCAAGACAUUUCGCCGAGACCGUUAUGAAGAUCAAAUCGAAAGCUCCCGGAAUGCUAGUCGAAUGCUUGACCGGCGACUAUGCCGGAGAUCUGGAGAUGGUGUCCUUGGUGGCUCGAAGUGGUCUUGACGUCUAUGCGCAUAACGUCGAAACAGUUGAGGCCCUAACGCCACAAGUCCGCGACCGAAGAGCGAAGUUCCGACAGUCUCUGGCCGUCCUGGAAGCGGCCAAAGCUGCCAGACCUAGCCUGAUCACCAAAACUUCUAUUAUGCUUGGUCUUGGCGAGAACGAGGAACAGCUUUGGGCAACCUUGAGGGAAUUAAGGAGGAUAGACGUCGACGUCGUCACAUUCGGCCAAUAUAUGCGACCGACAAAAAGGCACAUGCCAGUCCACGAAUAUGUGACACCUGAGGUAUUCGAGCUCUGGAGGCAGAGAGCUCUGGGUAUGGGUUUCCUUUACUGCGCAAGUGGUCCUCUGGUGCGAAGCUCUUACAAAGCCGGAGAGGCUUUCAUUGAGAAUGUAUUGAAGAAGCGAAAAGCGGGUCGUCACGAAACUGCAGCGGCCGCAAUGGCCGAGCAGUCCGUCUCUGGAAUGUCUAUUUAA